AGGCAGAAGUGACUAGUAUCCAGGACACACAGUGCAGGGGGAGAUGUGGUGAUGUGAAGCAGAGACUGCUGCUCCUCCUGCUAACAGCAAUCGGUCCCUCCCCAGCAGCAGCAGCAGCAGCAGAAGCAGAGACCUCUCUCCUCACUCUCACUACAGGCAGCUCAAUGAGCGCAAAUCACAGCAGCUACCGGCAGGAGCUCUGCAACACUGCAGGUGAGGAGCUGCUCAGCUCUCGCUGCCUCCACUCUCUCUCUCACAAGAUGGAGCAGGAGAUAUUUCUGAGCUCCGAUGAAUUGGACGAUGAUGUGUUUUAUCCAAAUGACUUUGGGUUCCCUGGUCAGUCGAUGACUCCAAUAACCAUGUACACACAGAGUCCGUCUUACAAUUGUCUCCUUGGCCGGUUCCAGCUGUUUCCCCUCUCACAUUGCUGUGGACCAGGAUGCAGGACCACUGACUGCAAGGACAAGUCCACUCAGACCUUAGAGCCAUCAUCUGUUAAUCGUGAUAUCAUGUUACCAUGUGGGGUCCCAGAAUCCCCCCAGAGACUUUUCUAUGGACAUGCAGGGUACCUCUUACACCAACCUGCAGAUACAGCUCUGCGAUUUGGGGAAGAGACGGAACAUCAGAGGCAGGAGCAGAGUGCAGAGAGGCGGAUUGCGCGGAAGUUACAGUGCAUUGGGGAUCAGUUCCACAGGCAUCACUUACAGAGGGUUCAACACAACCGAAAUCAAAUUUGGUUCCAGAUCCUGAUCUUCUUCCGGAACUUGGUGGUACAUCGUAACAGGGCCAGGGGUGAUGUUCAGAGGUGAAAAUCAUCCAUGACAUAAGAUCAAUUCUACUAUUGAAUCACUGGAUGAUCCUGCAGCCUGUUGCAGAGGAGGUUGCACAGACAGUCACAUACAAAUCUUUCUGUAAGCGGAUGUUCCAGCAUCGUCAGGGAGUACUGGUCAAACACUGUUGAGAAAGCCACUUGAGUUUAUGUCUGCAGAUAUAACCAGUAUAAUGUAGCUUUGUGGGUAACUGAACACACCGGACACAUUUAAUGUUUCUGUAUGAGUGCCUUAACCACAACAAAAAUCUUAUGCAGAGGAGAUUUCCGUUUCUGCAACUGGUACAGGUCCGAAUAACAGAACAAGGUUGAGUAUCUCCAAAUAUAAAUACAUGAUCACCGUCAUUUGUUAAAUAGGUGCAUUGGGGGUCAUUCCGAGUUGUUCGCUCGGUAAAUUUCUUCGCAUCGCAGCGAUUUUCCGCUUAGUGCGCAUGCGCAAUGUUCGCACUGCGACUGCGCAAAGUAAAUUUGCUAUGCAGUUAGGAAUUUUACUCACGGCUUUUUCAUCGUUCUGGUGAUCAUAAUGUGAUUGACAGGAAGUGGGUGUUUCUGGGCGGAAACUGGCCGUUUUAUGGGUGUGUGUGAAAAAACGCUACCGUUUCUGGGAAAAACGCGGGAGUGGCUGGAGAAACGGAGGAGUGUCUGGGCGAACGCUGGGUGUGUUUGUGACGUCAAACCAGGAACGACAAGCACUGAACUGAUCGCAGAUGCCGAGUAAGUCUGGAGCUACUCAGAAACUGCUAAGAGAGGUCUAAUCGCAAUAUUGCGAAUACGUCGUUCGCAAUUUUAAGAAGCUAAGAUUCACUCCCAGUAGGCGGCGACUUAGCGUGAGCAAAUCUGCUAAAAACAGCUUGCGAGCGAACAACUCGGAAUGAGGGCCAUUUUUUUUAAAUUCAAUAAAAUAGGUGCAUUAUUACAAUGUAAAAUGUGUGGGUAACAGAAAAUGUAAAUAAUAGAGCAAUUAUCAGAUGUGUGACAAUUUCAUAAGAAAAUUAAAAUGCAUGAUAUAGAAGUCUAUAUAUGUGUCUAUACACAGUUAUAUAAUAUUUUCAUAUACAGAAAUACUUUCUAGAUUAGCAAAGUAAAUAAGUUUUGCGAUACUGACGUUUUAUGGAGACAGUUCUGUGUUUUCUUUAUUGCCAUAGACUGUUUCAAAUAUGACAAACGUACUCCCAUUUCCAAGAGUAGCUCCGUUCAAACCCUUUUUGGUUCCUAAUGUACAGAAACCAAAAAAAAAAGAAUAAUAAUAUCCAGACAAUUAAAAAUAGCACUACUGUAUAAUACAAGUAGACUGUAAAAUCUGUCAGUUGUCAUUUGAUUUUUGAAUGAAGCUUCUCCCAUCAAUGAGAUUACUCUGUUCUAUAGAUAGAGAUCAUAAUAUACAUUUACUGUAUCAUAAAAGGCGAAAUAGCUUAUUACACAUUUUCAGGUGAACACAUGGUUCAAAAGUUUAUAGUGUUCCACGUGAUAUUGUUCUGUUUAUGAUGUAAUUGGAGAGGGGGCUAUCACAUAGUUUAUACACUAGACCUAUUCAUUUACACUUGUUAUAUGACAGCCGCUGAUAUAUAUCACCAUCUGCUAGUUUAUAGUUUAAAGCCCUUUGUAUGUUGCCACGGUGCCACCUGUUACUUGUAAUCACUGAGAAAAAUCUCCAUUGUUUUAACCACUUCACAGAUGUUUUCAGCACAGGUAAAUUCAGCUGAUCUGUACAGAACAAAUGUGACCUAUUUACAGCCUGAUUCAGAGUCAGCUGACGGCUGUGGCAGCUAGAUUUACUACCUUACGCUAAAGCCAGUAUCCAUACGGCUUCAUAUAUUCACAUCGCGCCUCCCCGCUAUAACUGUUCACAGAUGCAGCCGUAAUCAAUAGUAUUGGCACUGAAACCUACCCCUUGCUUGGUUUAAAACAGAAACAGGUGUCGGAACAGCCUAAUAGCCCUGGACACUGGUUACAACUUGCAUGAUGUUCACACAAAACUCGCAUGGAGUGAAUCUCUUGGGUGCCUUCACAAGGUAGAACCAUCCGUGCACCGAAAAUCGGUCACAUUGCGUAUACAAGGGGCGGUGUAUGUGCAGUUUGCUCGAAAACAUUAGAUGCAUCCACUUGUAGACUUGGGUGGGACGCAGGUCCUUAAUGUUUCCGUGAGAGCUACUUCUGGGAUUUACAUAACCAAAACAAAAAUCUAUUAUAUCAGCUGGGACAGGCCAGAAGAACAGAAAUGAGUAGUUGUCUCCAAAUAUAAAUACAUGAUAUCCUUUAUUUUUGAAAUACUGUAGGUGCAUUGCUUUGACAAUAAAAAAAGGAACAUGAUGACUUCAUGUCCAGACAUUAGCAAACACAUAAGAGUAAUGCAUCAGUCUGUCAUUGUAAGUGUGUUCUUGCACUUAGCAGUAUGUAUAUACAGUAUUGCUAUGACCUAAAGUACCGUUUUACUAGUGUAAAAUAUUCAAAGGUCGUUCAAGAUAAACUCUAGGAACUACAUAUUCCAGUAUGUGUUAAUGCUACACAUCUCCCAGAUGUCCAUUUAGUCCUUUGCACUUCCUAAUAUACCAUUAAAAACCCUUAAAUCGUUCCAUGUCGCUAGUAAAACUUAAAUCCAUGGAUCAACAUUAGACACAAAGGAGCAGUCCAGCAGAAAAGAGUGGUUGGCUAGGAUGAACACUGGUCAUUGCUUGUGAUAUAAUAUGUACUCUAACUUUGUAACAUCUAUAGCCUAUGUAAAUGUGAUAAAUAAUGUGGCUGAAACUGUCAUAGACUAUGAUUCAGUCUGGUCAUACAUUAUUGCAUCCCCUGUUUUGGUGGUUUUCCACAUAGUUCUCACCAUGUGAAUCUCCCAGACUAUCACCAGCCAUUGUUCUGCAAACGAUUUGCUCAUGCUGGUUACAUAACUGUGGUGGCUAUUGUCCAUCCAGACUGGAUGAUACGCUUACAGUCGGCAAGCUUAAGCUUGGGGUGCAUGUUUGCUUGCAUUCUUACUAGUGUUAAAAGCUGUUAAAGCCAUAACAGUGGGUACCUGGCAUUAUAGUCACACUGUAGGUAAGGACACAACAAUGAGAAGCAUAAAUCAUAAUGUAUUCUCUCUUCUUUAAACCAUGUAAACAUUUUUGCAAAACUAAUCUUAGUUUAUUGACUCUCUGUUUUUGUUGACAGAUUGCGAUACGGACUCCCUGUGUCCUCUAGAAGGCAAUUCAAAUUACUUUUAUAUAUCUCAAAUAUCAUCACAAAAUACUCUACUUCCUACAAUCUGUAGAGCUACAUCUGACCUGUAUCUUACCUCAUCUCCGGUAACCACCUGUCACUCCAAACUAAAUUACUUUUCCUGUGCCGCCACCCACAUAUGGAAUUCCCUAUAGUGCUGCUCAAGAAGUAUCUCCCUCAUCCAUCAAAUUUCGAAACACUUCUUGAAACACAUCUCUACAGUGUGUUAGAUCGCAAGGUCCAUACACAUUCGGCGAUCCGCCGAUGAGCUGCCCGAUAGGCAGAUACGGCCGACGGGUUACCCGGCGGCGCGGGGGAGGUGACGGGGGGAGUGAAGUUUCUUCACUCCCCCCGUCACCUGGCUCCAUAGCAGUGUAUGCUAAUAUGGACGAGAUUGCACCUACCCUACUCCCAUGUAUACUACCCACACUAGUGCACCCUCACACUUGCCCUACUCCCACCUAUACUUCCCACACUAGUGCACCCUCACAUCUACCCUACUCCCAUCUAUACAACUCACACAAGUGAACCCUCAAGCCUUCCUCUUCUCCCACAUAUAUUACCCACAAUAGUACACCCGCACACCUACCCUACACCCACCUAUACCACCCAUACUGGUGCACCCUCCACCUACAAUGCUCCCACCUUUACUACCUACACUAGGGCACCCUCACACCUACCCUAGUCCCACGUAUACUACUCACACUAGUACACCCCUCAAGCCUCCCCUAUUCCCACCUAUACUACAUACACUAGUGCACCCUCACACCUACCCUACGCUUUCCUAUACUACUCACACUCUCACAGCUGUUUCUCUGGUCUUGUUACAGCAAUGUCCGUCUCCAACUAUAUUGUUAUCUAGUUAAUAAAAUCUUUGCUGUUGUUGAAAAAGAAGAUGGCCAGUGACACUUGAUGUGCUAGGGUGAAAUACUGCUAACUGCACAAGAACAGUUUCAGUCAUGAAUGGUUUUAUUUGUGACUAGUUGUCUUUGAUAUCAGUAGUGAGAUAUAAUUACUUUUAUAUGUAAUAGUAGUAUUGGAAUUUGGACAGUUUCUGACUUGUACGCAUUGCACACAUUUAAUAAAAAUGAUCUGUAAAGUACAGUGAUGUACAGGUUGAGUAUCCCAUAUCCAAAUAUUCCGAAAUAUGCAAUAUUCCGAAAUACGGAAUUUUUUGAGUAAGAGUGAGAUCGUGAAACCUUUGUUUUCUGAUGGCUCAUUGUACACAAACUUUGUAUAAUACAGGUUGAGUAUCCCAUAUCCAAAUAUCCGAAAUACGGAAUAUUCCGAAAUACGGACUUUUUUGAGCGAGAGUGAGAUAGUGAAACUUUUGUUUUCUGAUGGCUCAAUGUACACAAACUUUGUUUAAUACACACAGUUAUUAAAAAUAUUGUAUUAAAUGACCUUCAGACUGUGUAUAUAAGGUGUAUAUGAAACAUAAAUGAAUUGUGUGAAUGUACACACACUUUGUUUAAUGCACAAAGUUAUAAAAAAUAUUGGCUAAAAUUACCUUCAGGCUGUGUGUAUAAGGUGUAUAUGAAACAUAAAUACAUUCUGUGCUUAGAUUUAGGUCCCAUUGCCAUGAUAUCUCAUUGUGGUAUGCAAUUAUUCCAAAAUACGGAAAAAUCCCAUAUCCAAAAUACCUCUGGUCCCAAGCAUUUUGGAUAAGGGAUACUCAACCUGUACACAAAGUUAUUAAAAAUACUGUAUUAAAUGACUUUCAGGCUGUGUGUAUAAGGUGUAUAUGAAACAUAAAUGAAUUGUGUGCUUAGACUUAGGUCCCAUUGCCAUGAUAUCUCAUUAUGGUAUGCAAUUAUUCCAAAAUACGGAAAAAUCCAAUAUCCAAAAUACGUCUGCUCCCAAGCAUUAUGAAAAAAGGAUACUCAAUCUGUAAUAUUAUUCUCCCUAUAUAUCACUCCCCCACCUCACAGUUAUAAGUCAGUAUAAGGUAGCCAUAAUUCACUUUCGAGGUACAAUGCUAUAACGUACAGUGUACUUUUAACGGGUGUAGUACUGCUGACCGGCGGUCAGCUUACCGACGCAGGGAUCCCGGCAGCAUACCGUGCGUCGCCACGGGUUCUAUUCCCACUCUAUGGGUGUCGUGGACACCCACGAGUGGGUUCUAUUCCCACUCUAUGGGUGUCGUGGACACCCACGAGUGGAAAUAGUCCCUGUUGGUCGGCAUGCCGACCAUCGGGAUAGUGAGCCAUCGGGCUGGUGGAGGAAGUCAUGUGACUGUCGGUCAGCUGACCGGCGGUCACAUGAAUACCACCCCUUUUAACAGGUGAGCAUUGUAAUUGGCAUUUUUAUUCCAUGUGUUUUCUAACAUCAGACUCCUUCUGAAACUAGAUAUAACAGUUAGUGAGGGGAACCCAGCAACUGUUGCACUGUUUAUGAUGACUGCAGAUAGAGAAAUAUUCAGUCACAUGAAGCUGUAUGCGGGGACAUGAUAAGUUUAGCAGUGGGCCGUUGACUUAUCUUUAAUGAACGUAUAUCUCUGUAAACAUGUAUAAAAGUUACUUUUCUGCUGGGUGAUAAUAGUUUUGAGGCUUAGCGGGCCUGUGGUUAUUGUGUUUGUGGAUAGAUGAAUAUGUAUAUAAGAAUGGCAAUGUGUACUUUAGUGAUAACUAAGUAGGCAUAGGCCAUGCUUAAGUGUACAUAUGUGAUUAAAGAUGAAUAAUUGGCAAGGUCUGGCUAGCCAGUACAAUUACCAGAGGAUCAGGGGUGUAACUAGAAAUUUUGCAGUGCUCCCACACCUUUCUAGGUAGGGACACCAGAGAUUCCCUACCCACUGUAAUACCUCAGGAGCCACAGAAUGCUGCCCAGCAUACAAACAUCAUGGUCAUUAUCAUCGCAGAAGGUUUCCCAAGCAGCACAGGAGCAACUACACAGGUCCUGGUAACUGGGGAACCCUAAGGGGCACUGUCAGCCGCCGGUUCCCAUAACAGAUGCUAACCUUGUAGUUAUAGCCUUGCAGAGGCUGCAAAUUAUAGUGUCUGCUGAUAUUAGUCAUUAGCCAUUGUAUUCUACAUUGAAGUGCCAAAAGUCGUGGGAUAGCAGUAUGUAAAGGUAAUGGUAGGUGGCGCCACUGUACUUUGAUGUCUUGGAAAUGGCCAGACCUGCAUCAGUUGUAAUGUGAUAUCUCAUGAGUCAGUCUGAAUACUGGCUAGUCUGCUCAUGGCAAGACAACUUGAAUUACCCGAUUUCCAACAGAGCAUGAUAGUGGGUAACCGACAGACAUUGUGCAGACAUUCAGCAUUCCUUAAUCUACAGUGUCACAUGUUUUCCGGUAAUACCUCAUUAUAGGCAUUACUACCCAACAUGACAGCACAGUGGCAGAUCACAGGUGCUUAAUGAUCGUGACCAGCGGCGUCUGGCCAGAAUUGUCUGUGGUAACAGACAGGAGACACUGCUCAAAUCACUUCCACAUUCAAUGCAGGAGGUACCAGAUGCAUAUCCAGUAGGUCAGUGCAGUAUUCUUUAGCUUCCAUGGGAUAUGGGAGCAGAAGGCCCACAGAGCCGCUGUUAACACUACAAGACUGGACACAGCGCCUCAGCUGGGCUUGUGACGUCAGUAAUUGGACCCUGGAGGUCUGGCAACAUGUGGCAUGGUCCGAUGACUUACUAUUUCAGUUGUUUCGGGCUGAUGGUAGGGUUUGGGUGUGUCACAGACCCCAUGACGCCAUGGACCCCAGUUGUCAAUAAGGCACCGCGCAGGCGGGUGGUGGUUCCAAGUUGGUGUGGGGUGUAUUCACAUGACAUGGGUUGUGUCCGCUGGUCCGUCGGAACAGGUAAUUGACCGGUAGCUGAUAUGGUGCAGUGCUUGGUGAACAUUUACAUCCCUUCAUGGACUUCAUGUACCCCCACAACGAUGGAAUAUUCCAGCAGGAUAAUGCACCUCGUCAUCACUCCCAAGUUGUCCAGAAUUGGUUUUAUGAGUAUUUUGGAAAAUAUAGAUGAAUAGUGUGGUCACCACAUUCACCUGACAUAAACCCAAUUGAGCAUUUAUGGGUUAUGGUGGAGAGGUCCAUUUGCACCCAAGAUCCUGGACCUAUAAAUAUCAGGGAGCUGUGGGAAGCUAUCCAGAUGGCAUGAGGCAACACCUCUCCAGAGGUCGUCUGUUCACUUGUGGAAUCGAUGCCACGUCUAGUAAUGCACUGCGCCAGACAAGAGAGGUCCUACACAAUACUAGGCACCUCUCCUAUGACUUUUGGCACUUCAGUGCAUACUAAGGCUUAAGUCCCUUUAACCUCUUUUAAAAACAGACCUUCAAAAUGAAUCUAACACUGGAAUGUGAGAAUACAGUAGAUAGAGCACCCAUUAGAGUUGCACAUAUUGGGAACUCGUAAUAAGGAGUUGGGAUGAAUGUGCAAGGGAAGGCCCUCAUGUUGCCAGCUGUCAGAAUCCCGGCGGUCAGGAUACCGACGGCAGAAUCCCUACACCCAGUGAUUCCGACCGCCGCUUAGAUCCCCCACUUGGGUGGUGGUCCACGCCACCACCCGAAGGGGAAUAGAUUAGUGUGGAGACCCCCCUAUUGUACCUAUGCCCCCAUCGUAGCUAUGCCAUUGCCUGUGUAUGACUGCUGACAAAUCAUUUCAUAGGAGAGGCUUUUCGUUUAAUAAACCCCUUACUCAUUUUAUGGAAUUUUGGGUGAAGACCUGCAAAUUGCUUCUUAUACUGUGUGUUCCUUUUUCCAGUAAUGCAUACAGAAUCUCUGUUUAAUAUCACACAGUCAAUCCAAUAUAAAGAGCUAUAUACAAAAUGUGUGUGUCGCAGUUUAGAUCUUGGCAAGAUGUGUAACAAUGUCUUUUUGUCUCAUUAAAAUUAUUGAAGGAUAUUUGCACAUUUAAAUAGUGCUGUAGAGAUUAUUUGCUGAAGGAAUGUGGAAUUAUUUUUUGAAGAACGUUGGCUACAACUGUAUAACAUUGCACAGCAGAACAGUGAUGGGCGUUAAGACUUUUUUAUGCUAAAAAUAGAUCUAUGACCUUGAAAACUACCCCCAUCUGUCCGUAUUAGACUUUGCUCACUCUGUGCACACCUGGGAAUACACAUCCACUGUUAUUGAUUCCUGCGGUUGUUUAAUGCUGAGCCAGUAUACUGUACAUGGUUAUAUCUUUGUGUUACUCUUAGGUAGUGCUGAUGAGAUAUUUUAGUGAUCUUUUCUCUAGAUUUUUAAACUCUUAGGGGUCAGUCCUCUGUAUUAGUCGCAAGUUACACGUGUCCUUGUACAUCUAGCCUUAAUACACCACGUGGCGCAAGAUGCCUGGAGCGAGUGAGUCAACAUUUGCCGUGCAACUCUGCUAGUGUAGUGCUGGCCGCGUUUUUAGCCGAAAAUGCAUCUAAGUCCCAAUGUGUUGCAACUAGGACGCACCAGGAGAUUGUGCUGAUAAAUUUCAUUUUCAGACUUGUAUAUCUGUGUGUGACUGAGUCUGUGCACGUAGCACAACGGACCUUGCUGUUGAAAAAAGUCACGGCUGCUGCAUCAUAGCACUUCAUAUACAGAUGCAGAUUCAGUCGCACACAGAUAUACAAGUGUUGCAUAUAAAAGUAAUCAGAACAGUCUCAUGAUGGGCUGCAUACAGAACUCCAUGGCACGACACUGGUCCGAGAUUUGGGGGUGAGGGCAAAUUGCAGUGCCAUUGUCCAUGUUUCCAUGCCAUUUCAAUGGCAACUCACCCCUAUGCACUUAAUAGGAUUGACCCUGUGAAGUUGCUAUACUGAAUGGCCAUUUGUUUGCCACCUAACAGACCCUUUUAGAACACAAAUACUGGUUCCCUUUUGUCCAUCCAAAUAAUUGCUCUUUAUUGGCCUGUCCUUUGUCAUUUAUUUUAUACCAAAGCUCCUUCCUCCUUCUUCUUCUUCUGGCCCUUGUGCUGUAGUGCUGUCCUGUGGCCAUCUCUCAGCCUGGAGUAGCUGUGUGAUAGGUAUUUUUCCUUAGGAUCAGUUCACUGUCACAAGACUUGUUCUCGAUUACACAGGCCGUUCUCACUACAGGCUGAAACAAUCAGGUGAGGGGCUUAUAGAUAUCCCUUGAUAUUGACCUUUUUUUUGUUGGUCCCUCCCACACUAAAGUAACCAUACUAGUGCGUAGCCAAUGUACUUGCAUACUUGCCUACUUCUAAUUUCUCCUCUCCGGGAAAAGCCUGAAGAGGAGACGCAGCAUGUCACUUCGGGGGGCAGGGCCGGCCUAUUACAUCAAUCAUGGCGUUUAGCCCCGCCCUCUUAAGACCGUCGCUGCAUUUUCAAGGCUUUUAUCCUCAUCCUGCCCGCUUCACUAGAAAGCUGGGGCUCUGGGGGACUACCCUAAAAAUUAGGAGUCUCCCGCAGAUUCCGGGAGGGUAGGCAAGUUUGGUACUAGUGUGUAGCCAUGGUCAGUGUCUGGUGUCUGUGGGGUAUAUUUACUUGGGAGAGAGAGAAAGUGGACAGAGAAAAAAUACCAGCCUGUCAACUCCUAACCGCCAUGUUACAGACACUGGGGGCGGGAUGUACUAAAGGAAAAAUGCAGUAAAACCCCCGAAAACGGGGGUUUUACCGCAUUUUCAAAUUUACUAAGACCCUACCGCCGGUCUUUCGCCGUCCAGGCUAUCGCUAUCUUUGGAUGGCGAUACCCUAUAGAAGCCUAUAGGCUUCUUAUCGCCGAUCGCCGCAACCCUCCUCCCCCUAGCAACGCAGCCGGAGGUCCUUCCGGCUGAAGGGGGAGGAGGAGGCACCGGGGGCAGCCUGCUGCUGCUUCCCGGCAUCCAGGCAGUGUGGAGACCCCUGGGAGGUGACGGAGACCCCCCGCAGACCACCUCACAGGUCUCGCUGGGGGUCUCCAUCACCGCAUUGCGAUAUUGAUCGCAUAUGUUAGUACAUAUGCGAUCAACAUCGCUGCGGUAAGUGGCGAUGUAUCUUAAUACAUCCCGCCCUGGGCAGAUGUAUUAACCUGGAGAAGGCAUAAAGAAGUGAUAAAGCAGUGAUAAGUGCAGGCUUGGACUGGCCCACAGGGGUAGAGGGGAAACCACCGGUGGGCCCCACUGCCUGGGGGCCCACCUCCUGCUCUAAGGAUCAGGUUCCAGACUGAGAACUUGAAUUAUACAUUAUACAUAUGUUACCUUAUACAGGACUAUGGUGUAUUUUCUACAGUGUAUUGCUGUUAUUAAUCUGGUACAUUAUCAUGCAUGCAGCAGCUGAAUUUACUGUAUAUGUUUAUGAAGGGGCCCAGAUGUUGCACUCUCUAAUGGUUAGUCAAACCAAUGAGGUGGCAGGCCACACCCCCUCUGCACACUGACCACACCCCUAAACAUGGGCCCCUACCACUGCAUCCCCCCGGUGGGCCCUACAUGCCCCAGUCCGACACUGGAUAAGUGCAAGGUGAUAACGCUCCAGCCAAUCAGCUCCAAUAUGUAAAUGGACAGUUAGGCGCUGACUGGCGGGUGCGUUUAUCACCUUGCAUUUAUCACUGGUUUAUCACUUCCUUAUGCCCCUGUGUUUGAAAAAAGACAGGAACUGGUUGGCUGGUACUUUCUUUUUCAUCCACUAGGGGUCACUGGAGUACUCUUGGGAUAUGGACGGCCUCCGCAGGAACAGGGCACUGAAUAUUCAAAUUCAGUAACACUCCUCCCCUCCAUACUCCCAGAGUACCUCAGUGUUUUUUCUGUGCUCGUCGGAGCAACAGGGCUGGUGUGGGGGCUGCCACACUUAGUGAAUAUUUUAUUUUUAUUUUUACAACUUAAGACACAUCCCUUCCCAGUUUCUACUAAAAACAUGGGUCCGGGAUAGUGCCGCUGCACGGAGCAGCGCAUGGCGUGUCGGUCCUCACAAAGAGCACCCUCACAGCCACACGCAGCUCACUACCUGCUGCAAGAGCUGGACGGAGCUUACAGAUAGAAGCCCCGUCGCAGCCCUCCCUACAGGAGACAAGGUAUGCUGGGGGGACGGGGCGGUCAGCGCACGCUGCCGCCCCGCUGUGUGGGGUCCGUGUUGUAACCGCCGCCCGCACCCGCCGCUACUCCCGGCCGCCCGCCCCAGCCGCUCCGUCCGCGCUGUCCGGGGCUUAGCGCCCGCCGCAGCACAGCCCCGCCGCCAAGAGCCGCUCCACGCCGCUCCGGCCCGCCGCACUCCGUGCACAACCGCUUCGCCUAGCGCCGCGCCGGCCCGCCGCACUCCGUGCACACCCGCCGGCCACACUUCCACGGCCGCUCUCCUUAUAUCGCGCUCCCCGCCUCCCUGCACUUACUCCGGACCGGUCCGGCUACCCACAGCGCUACACGGAGCACAGGGGGAGGGGGAGAGGUCUGCACACAAGCAGCGCAGCUGCAAGGAGGGAAAAGCAUAGGCUGCAUGGCUGCCUGCCAUAUUACAGAAUACUAUGCUGCAUGGGGUAUAUUAUGCUGCAUGGGUUAUAUUAUGCUGCAUGGGUUAUAUUAAUAGGCUGUUAAGCCUAUAUUAAAGGCAAUGUCAGGUACAGGUUAUAAAGUCAUGUAUUGUACCUGCCCUGUGAUUCUAACUGUAAGCAUGGAAUGUGGGCCUUUUUUAGCAUGUUUCCUGUGUUUUCCUAUGAUUCCAGACCGUUCCUGUACUACAUCUCUACUCCACCGGAGGCGCAGGGGUGUAAGGGGGAAUUUCCUAUCAGGUUUCAUAUAGUACUGGCCACGUGCACUGCACUGCGGCCAUAUAUAUAUAUUUUACACACCUUAGUCACAAUUUUACUGAGUCGUGGAAGUGUCUGUCUUUGUUUAUUGUGUUGUCUGUCUGCAUAAUGAGUACGGCACCAGCAAAGACUAAAAUGAAGUUUUACUGCAAUGUCUGUACAUGAAUCUACCACAUGUUCAGUAUGGUUUGUAGGUUUCCACUCCUGAACCCGGUGUCAUUCCUCUGUUACGUGGCCGCCGCUCGACACGAGCGGCAAGAUCGGAGUCUCGGAUGAGACCGCCAAAUCUAACGGAGGAGUCUCAGCCGUUGCAAAGGUCCAACUUCACUUUGGGUAACUGGUAUUAAUUUAAUUGGUCUUAUAAUUUCACCGUUUCUGCUAUGUUGCAGUCUGACAAUUCUAUGCCAAACCUCACGGCGCUAAAUAAGGGUGAGGAGGGCACAUUAGACCAGCAGUCAGAUAGUGCAGUUUUUGACACAUUGAUAAUGACCAGUGCGUCAGUCUCUGAAGUUUACAGAGACUAAGGAGCCUCUAACAUAUAAUAAGUCGUAUUUACUAAACGACAGAUCUCCAAUGGGGUUCUUAUUUAGGAUAUCUUAAUAAGAUGUUAGUAGAAACGCAAACUAACCGAAUAACCGGUUCUCUACCUUCUACUUACCCGUUUCCACACAGUGACAUCUACAUUGGAGAAUCCGCCAUUGGUGGAUUCGUCUGUGUCAAACCUUAUAAAGACCCUUCAGACGUAAGAUAGAUUUGGGUCACUAAGGCGCUCUUUGUAUGGGAACAAUGACGAUCACGUUAUACUUAUCGUUAAUCAAAUCUGAGAAGCUGCUGAGUAUCUAUGUACAGCUUCGGCUCCCGGCUGUUAGCUCGCUUCUCGCUUUUCAUCGUUGCUCGUUACAGCACGACAAGUACUCUAGCUGCGUUCUUGGCAAGCGGAGUCAGAGGUCAAAAGACCGGUGGCACAGAAGUGGUUUGGUCCUAAAUUGGACAAAUGCAUUUCUCAGGCCAAGGCGGGGGGGGGGGAAAGUCUAGUUUCCUGCCAUUGCCUCCACCGGUACCAAGACGGUAAUACUCUGGUCCGGCGUUCAAAGCCUUUAGACUUCAGUCCUUUCAAGGCUGUGGUAGAGAAACAGCCACGCCUUGUAACGCCAGGGCGCUAAAGUCACCAACAAGCCAGUGGCUUGCGGGCUCCCAGGCCAUCUCGGAUUUCCAAUUGUGGGAGUGCGCCUUCAGACGUUACAUUUGCCGGGAUUCCAGGCAUCCACUGAUGGAUGUAUCCGCAAUUUAGUGUUAAAAGAAAGCUGUAUCCCGCCACUGCGAGGCCUGCCUCUGUCGGACGACAAGAAGGCGUUUUGGCAGAUUGCCAUUCAGUCUCUGCUGCAUUCAGCAGUUUUUAAUUCCAGCCCUGGUACAGCAACAAGGUCAGGGUUAUUAUUCCCGUCUGUUUGUGGUACCGAAGCCGGAGGGCUCCGUCACAGUCUCAAUCAGUAAGUCACUUACUACUAAUUGAAGAUGGAAUUUCUGCGGUCAGUAAUUGCAGAUUUGUAGCCACAAGAUUGCAUGAUUGCGCUUGAUCUCAAGGAUGCGUACUUACACGUUCCGAUUUGGUCACCUCAUCAGAGGUUCUUGCGUUUUUCAAUACGCCUCAACCAUUAACAGGCUCUACCGUUUGGCCUCUCGUCAGCGCCUUGGGUAUUCACCAAAGUGAUGUCUGUGCUGAUAGCCUAUCUCAGAUCCCUGGCAGUGACAAUCGUUCCGUACUUAGACGAUCUGCUCAUAAAAGCUCCGUCUCAACAGAUGCUCCUCCAACUUGCGCUGCUAACGUACACCACAGUUGGAGUGUCAACUUCAAGAAAUCGCAUCUAAUUCCGUCUCAACGACUUCAAAUCCUAGGUUCUCGAUACGGUAAAUCAAGACUUUACCUACUACAUCAGAAAGUACAGAUUAUUCGCCAUCUGGUACAAUUAGUGCUCAAGCCACGCACACUCUCGGUACAUUUGUGUAUUCGCCUAUUAGGAACAAUGGUGGUGGCUUUCGAAGCGCUUCAGUUCGGAAGAUUUCACUCGCGUCCAUUUCAACAGCAUGUGCUCGCACAGUGGUCGGCCUCGCAUCUGCAGAUUCCCCACAGGGUGAGGUUGUCGCCAAGGGCGAGGGUGUCUCUACUCUGGGGCUCAAGGUACACAAUUUAACCGCAGGCGGCAGCUGGAAUUGAAUAAUUCUAACGGCGAACGUGAAUCUCAGAGGUUGGGGAGCUGUUGUUCAACGACAGGGUCUCUGGGCGGAUCACGACAGAUUGCUGUCUAUAAAGGUCCUGGAACUCUGCGCAAUUUACAAUGCACUACGAGUACACAUGCUUCCCUCUCAGACUGUCCAAGUGCAGUCAGACAACGCAUACAUCAACAACAAGGAGGAACGAGAAGCCGCAUGGCAAUGCGGGAAGUAGCUCGAAUCCUCAAUUGGCCAGAAUACCACCAGGUGAUAUUGUCGGCAGGGUUCAUUCCGGGAGUGGACAACUGGGAGGCGGAUUAUCUCAGCCGUCGGGAUUUUCAUCCAGGAGAAUGGGCAUUAAAUCCGGAGGUGUUUCAAAUGUUGGUCCACAGGUGGGGUUACCCUCAGGUGGACCUGAUGGCAUCUCGCCACAAUAACCAAACGCCCCAGUAUGUGUCCAGAACGAGAGAUCCAAGGGCAGUGCAGUGGCGGUGGAUGCUCUCACAAUGCGUGGCCAUACAGCCUCGUGUGUCUGGUUCCACCGUUUCCGCUGCUCUCUCGGUUGCUAAAACGGCUCAAAAGAGAGUCCGUCACAGUCAUACUAGUGGUGCCUCAUUGGUCUCGGAGAGCUUGGUUCUCGGAUCUCCGCGGACUAUUCUUGGCCGCUCCUACUACGUCCAGACCUGUUCCAACAGGGUCCGUUCUUUUACCCCAAUUUAGCGCGGCUGCGUUUGACGGGGUGGCUGUUGAGACCGCCCUCUUAAGAAGAGAGGGCAUUACAGUAUCGGUUAUACCAACCAUGUUACGAGCUAGGAAGCCGGUUACGGCAGCUCAUUAUUACAGAAUUUGGCGUGCCUAUAUAGGUUGGUGUGAAGCUCGGAAGUUUCCGACAUCAUCUUUCAAGUUAUCCCGUCUUUUGUUAUUAGUUAGGGUUAGAUGGAGUUAGAUGGAGGACUGCGUUUAUCUACACUGACGGUGCAGGUAUCUGCGUUGUCAAUUUAUUUUCAAAGACGAUUGGCUCUUUUGCCGUCGGUACACACCUUUCUACAAGGUGUCCUAAGAGUACAGCCUCCAUUCAUUCCACCUACAGCGCCAUGGGACUUGAAUCUGGUUUUAGAUUUCUUACAGUCUUCAUAUUUUGAACCCUUACAGCAAGUGGAUAUAAAGUUUCUCACUUGGAAAACAAUUUUUCUUCUAGCCUUAGCUUCGGCAAGGCGUGUUUCAGAUUUGGGUUCCUUGUCAUGCAAGCCACCGUAUUUGGUGUUUCAUGAUGACGGAGCGGAACUUCGGACGAAUCCCGCUUUCUUACCAAAGGUAGUGUUAUCUUUUCACAUCAAUCAACCAAUAGUAGUUCCUGUGUUAACAGCACAUUCUGGAACUCUGGAUGUGGUACGCGCAUUACGCGUUUAUGUAUCCCGAACGUCUACAGCCUGACACGUUGUUUGUUCUCUAUGAUGCUGCCAAGAUGGGUUGGCCAGCUUCUAAGCAGACCUUAUCCAGAUGGAUAACACUGACUAUACGUCAGGCUUACCUUAAUGCUAGGUUACAGCCGCAUACAUCAGUAACAGCUCUUUCCAUGCGUUCUGUGGGAACUUCAUGGGCAGCUGGUCGUGGAGCUUCUACGACGCAGUUUUGCCGUGCGGCUACAUGGUCUUCAGUGCACACGUUUGUGCGCUUUUACAAGUUUGAUACGUUUUGCGGCAUCAGCAUCUAGCUUUGGCCGCCUGGUGUUACAGGUGUCAAACAGCUCUCCCGCCCACGGGGGAAGCUUUGGUACGUCCCAAGAGUACUCCAGUGACCCCUAGUGGAUGAAAAAGAAAAUAGGAUUUUGGUACUUACCAGGUAAAUCCUUUUCUUUGAAUCCAUAGGGGGCACUGGACGCCCACCCAGAGCAGUUUUACCUGGCUUGUAGUAAGUUCAGGGGAUCUUAUGGUAACACAUUUCCACCGACUGGUUCAAAUUUUCUAGUUCUAUCGGUUAUGGUGUCAACUGUUUCGUUGUCCGUUACGUUAUGUGUCAACUUUAUGGUUGUCCGUUAUGUUAUAGGUAAUUCUCCAUUGUCAACCUCUCUAUCGCUCCUGCUCGGCUCAGUAAAAAACACUGAGGUACUCUGGGAGUAUGGAGGGGAGGAGUGUUACUGAAUUUGAAUAUUCAGUGCCCUGUUCCUGCGGAGGCCGUCCAUAUCCCAAGAGUACUCCAGUGCCCCCUAUGGAUUCAAAGAAAAGGAUUUACCUGGUAAGUACCAAAAUCCUAUUUUUUCCCUCUCCACUUUAUCUCUUUGCAAGGCUUAGUACAUAGACGCCAGUUAUUUCCUGCCACACUUGCAGUGACAUAGCUUUCCUACAGUAUACCCUCGUUUGUGACAGCUGACAAAACAUGUCACACAGGAGUGCUUGUUUUUCAUGAAGAAGACAGGUAGCCAUUUUCUGUAGCAGGCUUUGGGUCUCCUUCCCGCUUUGCAUUACACUUACUAACAAACAUGUUUCUGGGAGACUGCUCAGGAGUAAGAGACUCUUCCCCUUGAACUUCCCAUUAAUGCAUAGUAGCCUUAGCCUAACUGUAGGUCAUUAUUUACAGUCGGGGAUCCCCAAGCUUUAUUCUACCCAAUAAAACUUUUUUUUAUAUACUUCACAUUCUCUAUUCGGUUUCUGCUAUUGUUUUACUUUUAAUGUCCAAAUGUGUAAUUAAAUAUUUAAGAAUAUUUAUACAAAUUGACAAAUUAUGGCUCUAGGCUUAUUGCCACUUGUGUUCUAGAUCGGUCUACAGGUCUCUUUCACAUUUUAUUUCCAACUAAUGAUCUGCUUUUCUAGAGGCGUUCAUAAUUACUAAAGAAUCCCAUUAUUCCCCAUCCCGCUGUUGUGUCAUUCACUCAUUUCUCUCAAUUUGAUUGUCUUCUUCAACCUCUUCUUGCCUUAUACUUUUAGCAGCCAUGUAACAGUGUGCGUCAUUGGGAGUCUAAUCUGUAUCCAAUUAUUAUCAGAAAGUAGAAGAUACUCUGAAGUAAUUUUCUAUGUUUACAAGUGUCAGAAGUCAGUCGCUAGCAAUCACUUGGAUCAACUGGAUAAAAAUGUUUAAUCAGUUAUGCUAGUUUUAAGUAACCUAAUUAUUUGGCCCAGGGUUUGCUUGUGUCGUACCCACUAUAAGGAGUCAGGCCACAGUGUAAUAGGGUGUGCACGCCGUGUUUUACUUUAAAGGGUAUUGCCGUUUUAUGUCUCCUUAUGCAAGCCGCCAUUUAGUAAAUUUACUCCUCAGUUUCUUUAUUCUUAUCUGUGAAUUCUAUUUCUUCCUUGUGUUCAACACUUUCUGAGGGAUGCGGUUACUUUACCGGCGCCUGGAAUCCUGGCGGUCAGCAUACUGAUGCCGGGAUCCCGGACACUCGCAGUGCCGUCAGCCGUAAUCCCGGCUAACAGGGGCUUUUCCCACUCGUGGGUCUCCACGACCCCUCAAAGGGCUUCCUUGCGCUUGACCCCCUGCCGGCAUUCUAGCGACCGGGAUCCUGGCCGCCAGCAAAGGAUAUCCAACACCUUUCUCAUACGUAUAACUCAUGAACACCAUUGUUCUGCAUCUAACCCCAACAAGCAUGAGCCACUAUGAUUCUAUGUGCAGGUCCGCGGCCAUUUUCUCUGAAUGAAAAUGGGACUUAGUGACCUUUACUUUUUACUUUGAAUGUACAUUUUCAUUAUUCUGAAUACAUUUUUAAUAUGUAUUUUUUGUGAUGCUUAUGUAUUAUUUAAUUGCAAUGCAGUGAAACUGUAUGAAGUAAUAACAAUAAACGUUUAAAGAUCAUUUAUGCCCCAAAACCAUUUUGGUUAAAGGUCAGUAACAAGAAUUUAAGAGCAUUAAAUGCUUCUGCACUAUUACUUACUGUAUUCAUUGUUUAUCACAGAACGAGGAAAAAGUUUGGUGUGGUUGCAAGAAACGUAUUUAGUAAAGAGAAUGUAUUGCAAUUUGCAUGGAGUAAUGCACUUGCGUGCUAAGCUUACAGUAUAACAGCUAGCAACAUCUCUCAGAGCACAAGAAGAAAGAAUAAAAAUUAAUUUGGCACAUAUACUGUACAUAGUGGAGGCGGACAUUUUGUCGACAAUUAUAGUAGUCAUGAGAUAGCAGACAAUGGGCCGGAUGUAAUGACGCCCAAGUUCGGUGCCCGUGCGGGAUGUCGGCCGAACUCUGGCGGUCUUUUGAAGGAGAAAUCACAAGUCCGAGUUUGGCCGGCGUCCCUCACGGCCCCGGGCGUCAAUACAUCUGGCCCUAUGGGCGGUAUUCAAUUACCCAUGAAGAAACACCAGGAGUGGAAAACAGACUUUUUUCCUGAUUUUUCCCAAUGUUUCUUCGAUAUUUUUUUUCGGGCUAUCCAAUCAGGUCACCCCCCCCCCCCCCCAAAAAAAAAAAAUCUCCUGAAAACACAGGUUCAGUGAAACCUGUGUGCUUUCGGUAGAAACAGGCCCAUUUUUCAGACAACAACAGGUCUGUUUUGGGGGAUUUUGCUUCGCCUGUCUGAGGCAGGUGAAAUAAAAUCCUCAAUAAGCCACGGCUCUCGCUGGUUUAUCGGGGCUAAUUGAGUAGCCCCUGUCGACACAAUUACCCAUGAUUAAUGAUGGCGGGUAAUUGAAUACUGGCCUCUCAGUUCAAUAGGAGCCAGUGAUAUCACCAAAGCACUGCUCAACCAAAUAUCCACGAUCCACUGGUUCCAAUCCUAGUGAAUUAAUAGGCUCUAUUGUCAUGAAUAUUAGGUUCAGCCAAUAAAAUAGCUAUUUUAGGGGACAGGUGAAUUUAGGGUGGAGACAAUACAGCGUGAUAACUGUCUUUAGUUAGAAGAUAUUGCAUGUACAGUAUUUGCAGUAAGGACUUGCAACUCUAUUGAUUAAAAUACCAGUGAAUCGCUUUACUGUUGUCCACAGUUUCCCCAGCAGCUGUCAUGUACAUUACCACUAUUGGUUCGGCAGUUUCCCCUGUGAAUUCUGUGUAAUUAUACUGAAUUGCACUAAUGUAUGUUCUCCACGUUGUAAGCUGACAGUUGUGUCAUCUUAUUCCGCAAGUAUAGCUAAUUCCUGUGAUCUGUCCAUACUGUGGAUCCUGAGGGUUUGUUCACACGUCCACUGAAGGCCCAUACACACGGUGAGAUUCGGGCUAUCCCCGAUUCUCACUAUGCGACAGGGGCUAGAUCGGUAUCGCAAGCACAUGAGUGUGCUUGCGAUACUGACUAUGGCCCUCAUUCCGAGUUGAUCGCUAGCUGCUUUCGUUCGCAGCGCAGCGAUCAGGCCAAACAACGGCAAUUCUGCGCAUGCGUAUGGGGCGCACUGCGCACGGGCGUCGUACUUUCACAAAAGCUGUUGCAGUUUUACACAAGCUCUAGCGACGCUUUUCAGUCGCACUGCUGGCCACAGAGUGAUUGACAGGAAGUGGGUGUUUCUGGGAGGUAACUGACCGUUUUCGGGGAGUGUGUGUAAAAACGCAGGCAUGCCAGAUAAAAACGUAGGAGUGGCUGGGAAAACGUAGGCGUGGCUGGCCGAACGCAGGGCGUGUUCGUGACGUCAAAACAGAAACUAAAUAGUCUGAAGUGAUCGCAAGCUAGGAGUAGGUCUCGAGCUACUCAGAAACUGCACAAUCUUUUUUUGAUGCAGCGCUGCGAUCCUUUCGUUCGCACUUCUGCUAAGCUAAGAUACACUCCCAGAGGGCGGCGGCUUAGCGUUUGCACGGCUGUUAAAAGCAGCUAGCGAGCGAACAACUCGGAAUGAGGGCCUAUGUGCGAUUUUGGCUAAAUGUCAAUUUUGACUAUCUUUUAUACUAGAUAGUCAAAAUUGACUUGCCUGCACAGUCUAUCUAUUCUUGCGAUGCCGACCGCGCAUCGGGAUCGCAAGGUGACUUUCACCUUGCGAUCUGCACUAACUUUUCUUACGAUUUUGACUAUAUAGUCAAAAUCCUAAGAAAAUAUCUCACCGUGUGUACACAUCAUUAGAAGUUUUUUCUUUUGUACCUUUUUAAUGAUCAUUUAAGAGGCCUGUGAAAGAAAAUGUGCAGCCUGCAUUAUAAAUGCAACAUUUCUUUUGCCGGCUAAAGCAAGUGCCAUUGUAUUAGACGCGUAGGCUGGAACAGGUCCCAUUGUAACACAUUAGUUUCAUCUUUUAUGCGGUUUUCAUCCACAUGAGUAGACUAUUGGGGACUAUCACUAAUAUAGAAGGGCUCCUGUACAUAAAUCCCUAUAUCCACAUAAUUCUGAUAAGUGCUUCUCACCUCUGAGUCCCCCCGGCAUGUUUAUUUUGUAUAUAUCGUGAAAGACUGAAAGCAGCCAGGAUGCAAUGGGGUUGUGUUCAUAUAAAACUUCCAAGACUGUUAUAUGCAUAAAACGGGUUGUUCUCUGAAUUGUUAUCCAGCACCUGAGGAAUUCUGUGUCACCGGUUCUAAGAGGUAAUACCAGAGUCUCUGCUGAGCAAAGUUCUACCUUUGCCCACUGUUGUGCCUUAGAGUAAUAAGCCUGUUAGUGCUUACUGUAUAUUUUCUUGAGAUAGUAUUUACAAACUGGAUGGUCCUGAAAGGCACAGGUUUCACUUCUACUAUGAGAAGAGACCCAGUGAUAAUGUAGCAAUGCAUUAACCACUUCACCCCUGAAUCUGACUUCCAUAUUAUGUAAUGUGAAGCUAAUUCAUCCUCUGCAAAUUUGAGAAUAACAACAUUCUUUGGCUCCAGGGGGAUCUGGUUAAUCCUGUGUGACCCCAGGACUUCCGGUGCUUGUGUAUAUUUUUCCUCUGUAUAAUGUGACUGUAUAUUAUGUUUCAUUCACACUGUCCUAUUUUUGAUAUUUGUAACUGGUACAGUUUUUAAUAAAAAUAUUAUAAAUAAAA